AUAACAUAGUCGGACGUCGGGGCAGUUUAUAUACCCACCCUUAACAUCUUAGAACCCAACCAUCCAAAACAUCCAAGAUGGGUCAGAGAGUCUCGCGCAGCGACUUUGAGUGGGUGUACACAGAGGAGCCGCACGCCUCGCGGCGCAGGAUUAUACUAGAGAAGUACCCGCAGAUCAAGAAGCUCUAUGGUCACGAUCCUAACUUCAAGUGGGUGGCUGGCGGGAUGGUGCUUACCCAAAUCCUGUCAUUGUUCCUAGUCAAGGACCUGUCGUGGUCGUGGCUCCUAGUGGCCGCCUAUUGCUUCGGUGGCAUUAUAAACCACUCGCUAAUGCUGGCCGUCCACGAAAUUUCUCAUAAUUUGGCCUUCGGACACAGCAGACCCAUGAUGAACAGGAUUUUGGGCUUCAUCUGUAACUUGCCAAUCGGCUUGCCCAUGAGCAUUUCGUUCAAGAAGUAUCAUCUGGAACAUCAUCGUUACCAAGGCGAUGAGGCAAUUGACACUGACAUACCCACACUGCUAGAGGCCCGUCUUUUUGACACGACGUUUGGAAAGUUUUUGUGGGUUUGCCUUCAGCCUUUCUUCUACAUUUUCCGACCCCUGGUGAUUAACCCGAAGUCACCUACGCGCCUGGAACUUAUCAACACUGUGGUGCAGCUGACAUUCAACGCUUUUAUCGUUCACUUUCUUGGAUGGAAGCCAAUGGCCUAUCUGCUGAUCGGUAGCGUUCUAGCGAUGGGCUUGCACCCGGUGGCCGGACACUUUAUUUCGGAGCAUUAUAUGUUUUCUAAAGGAUUUGAAACGUAUUCUUACUACGGCCCGCUCAACUGGAUUACCUUCAAUGUGGGCUAUCAUAAUGAGCAUCACGACUUCCCGGCGGUGCCCGGCUCCAGGCUGCCCGAGGUUAGGCGCAUCGCCAAGGAAUUUUACGACUCAAUGCCCCGACACACCAGCUGGACCCGGGUACUUUACGAUUUCAUCAUGGACCCAGCAGUGGGACCAUAUGCCCGCGUGAAGCGCCACCAGCGGGGUCUGGCCUCCUAAGAAUUCGAUGCUAUUCAAGGUUUCCUGGAUGUAAUCUCAUAGUUUAUAAUACCUGUCCUACUAUACUAUUGCCCUAGAAUUUUCGAUACAUAUUUAUAUUACUUUCAAAUCAUAAUUGUAAAGCCACUAAGCAAAGUGUUUUGACCCUCAUUGUAACCCUAACGAAAGCAGUGUGACCAUAUGCCCGCGUGAAGCGCCGCCAGCGGGGCCUUGCCUCCUAAGAAUUCGAUGCUAUUCA